AUGGAACUUGAGUACCCUGAAUUCCUUAUCACAAUUCUGCCAUCAGAUGGUCAAAGGCAAUCUUUACUCGCCCUUGUUUGCUUAGCUUCAUUGCAAAGCACUGGAAUCUGGGUGUAUGUAGAACGAUUGUCGGACGACAAAUGGUGUCAACUUUUUCUAUGGGGUAAUGUCGGGAGAACUGAUCUUUGUGGCUAUUAUGUUAACUGGGUUUCAAGAAACUUGUCAUCUAACAAAAGAAACUACAAUAGGAGCUAUAAGCCUACUGGUGGGAAAUUCAUGCUAUGA